AUUGUAAUUAUAUAAGAAAGUCGUUGAACUGGUGUUCCGAGUCCAGGAUAAUAUCAAGCAGUUGAUACUGCCUCCCUCUCUUAUUGUGGAAUAACGUCCGAUAAGACCAAACUUACGGAAUAGUGACACUAUACUAUAUCGGAAUUUUGAGGAUUGGUAAGAAGGACACUAAGUGCUGUGACGAUCACGGGAAUUGAGUAUGGAUAACUGGACACAACAUCUGGUCAUCUUUCUGGCACUCUGUGUCUUUGUGGACUGCACCGACUGGAAAAAGCUUGCGCAACAGGAACUGAACAAAGCUUUGAACCGGAAGCCCAACACGAACAAGGCACGCAAUGUUAUUCUAUUUGUAGGCGACGGGAUGGGCGUGUCCACUGUGACGGCAGCCAGAAUCCUUCGGGGUCAAACACGAGGGGCCCCUGGCGAGGAAACUGUCCUGGAGUUUGAAAAUUUCCCUAAUAUAGGAUUAUCAAAGACGUACUCAAAUGACCGACAGACGACGGGAUCUGCUUCCACUGCCACGGCCCUGCUGUGUGGAGAAAAGACUAACUACCGUCUGAUUGGUCUAAAUGAUCGGGCCGUUGCCAAGAACUGUCCAUCGCAGGUUGGCAACGAGAUCCCGUGUGCUUUCGAUUGGUUUCGUAAGGAUGGUCGCUCCGUCGGCGCUGUCACAACAUCCAGGAUCACACAUGCUACGCCCGCCUGUGCAUACGCAAAGUCAGCGGAACGUGACUGGGAGGGGGACACGAAAAUGAAGGCCAUGGGCGUGACCGGAGGGUGCAUCGACAUUGCUGCCCAGCUCGUUUACAACAACAGCUUUGCCAAGGUGAUGUUAGGAGGAGGACGACGAUAUUUCCUGCCGAUGAAUCACCUUGACCCUGAAAGAAGCAAAGAUGUUAACGGGUAUAAUGCUAAGUUGCAACGUCUAGAUGGCAUCGACCUCACACAGGUUUGGAAAGAAAAACACAAAGAUUUCAAAGCUGAGUAUGUUUGGAACAAAUCCCAGUUUGAUGCUAUCGACGCCUCGAAGACGGACUAUAUUCUAGGUUUAUUUGAGGCGGGCCACAUGCAGCAUGAGUUGGAUCGAGACAACGGAACGAAUGGUGAACCCUCGCUCGCAGAAAUGACGCGGAAGGCAAUUGAAGUCCUCAAGAAGGACGAAAACGGCUUCUUCCUAUUGGUUGAAGAGGGUAGGAUCGAUCACGCCCACCAUGACAACAACGCCAAGAGGGCGUUGUACUCGGUACUGGCUCUCGAGGACGCCAUAAAAGUUGCCACAGAGAUGACCGACGAAAGUGACACUCUCAUCAUGGUGACGGCAGACCACUCGCAUGUCUUCAACAUCGCCGGGUACCCGGAACGAGGCAACGAUAUAUUUGGUGUUGUAAACAACGUAGGCGAGAAGUAUUUAGGUGAAGAUGGUAUACCUUUUACCACUCUGCUGUAUGGUAAUGGUGAGACCUACGACUGGGGCAAAAGGAUCAAUGUUUCAGCCGUCGACACCACCGACAAAGACUACCUCCAGGUGGCAGCAGCUCCACGAAGUUCGGAGACACAUGGCGGGGAGGACGUGGCGAUCUACGCACGUGGCCCAAUGUCACAUUUGAUACACGGAGUACACGAGCAACACUACAUAGCGCACGUGAUGACUUACGCAGCUUGUGUCGCAAAUAACAAAUAUAGAUGUGACAAUAUACCACGUGCCGAUCACAAUGGAGCUUUUUGUAGCACGUACUCUGUGAUACAUAUAUUGGCCGGGUACCUACUGAUAAAACUGAAGUUGAUAUGCAUGUAGGAGUCAUUUUACAUGUAGUGAUAUGUUUCCCUGUAGAAUACAGAUCAUAUUUGUAUUUCUGUAGGAUGAAACAAUACAGUACCUUUAAUUGUCAAAUGCUCGUUUCGUUUCAUUUUGUUUGCUCUUCGGGAUAAAAUCCCACUAUCAGUGGUGUCGGUGUCGUCGUACCGUUGUCAACCGUAUCAGAAAAGGCUUUCAUUUCCUAUAUGUAUGUUCCUUGUAAUGUGAACUUUCCAUUUGUACUAUAUUUGUGACCUGCUGACCUUGGCGUGACUUUGGUCUACUAUUAAAAAUCUAUUCCGAUUUCAACCCACUCGGUGAGAUACUUGUAUGUUUUCUACUGACAACUCCUGUUAAAUUAUCUACGAUUAUAACGUUACUUCAAAGGAUGGUAAAACAACAUUUGGCGCGAAAUCAUAAUGACGUCAUGCUUCGGAACAAGGUAGGGCAUCAUUGCACUGAAGAUUAACAGCUGCCAUAGAGAUUAAUGUUCAUCUGUACGAAAAAGCAAAUUUUGUUUGAUUGGAAUUUAGUUAGUGGAGAAUGAAAUCAAGCUGUACCAUUGAAUUUAGGUAUAUGUAUGUUUGUGCUCAAUCAUUACUGUAGAGAAAUUACAUUUCGAAUAAAAUAUCAGCAUCUGA